AUGACGAUGACCCCCGAGCUCGAAGCCUUUGCGCGAGCCAUAUCGCGCGUACUGGGCUGGGCCUACUUCCUGUCGUGGUCCCUAUCCUUCUACCCGCAACCCAUAUCGAACUACCUCCGCAAAUCCACGCUCGGCCUCGCCAUCGACUUCCCCACCCUCAACGUCCUGGGCUUCACCUGCUACACUAUCUCCACCGCCUGUUUCCUCUACUCGCCAACGAUAAAAGCGCAAUAUGCGGCACGUCAUCCUGACGCACCGGAGACGACAGUGCGGUUCAACGAUUUCUUGUUUGCGGCACAUGGCGCGGUCAUGUGCGUGAUUAUAUAUAGUCAGUUCUUUGAGAGGAUAUGGGGCUUUGAGAUUGGCAAGAGGCAGAAGAUCUACACGCUCGGAUACGUCAAACUCCUCACCGUCUUCCUCAAGUAUAUACCCCAGGCCUGGGUCAAUUACAAGCGCAAGUCGACGUUAGGGUGGAGUAUAUACCCUAUGCUCCUAGACUUUGCGGGUGGCUGGCUUUCGCUCGCACAGUUGUGCAUUGAUUCUGCGCUGGAGAAUGAUUGGAGUGGUGUUACUGGUAAUCCAGUCAAGUUUGGACUGGGUAACAUCACUAUUGUGUUUGAUAUUAUCUUCAUGCUGCAGCAUUACGUGCUGUAUCGGCACCCGGGGAAGCAUAUUGAUGAUGAGGAUGAGGAAGAAAGGGAGGGGCUUGUACAGGGCCGGAGAGACUAG